AUGGGUCUCCCAUGGCUGGACCAGCCGGUGAUGCUGCACUCCUCUAGAGCAGAUAGCUGCAAGUUGACUACAGAACAAUGCGCCUAUCGCAGCGGACAUUGGAGAUACUGGUACCAAUCAGAUCACGUCUACGCAUUGAACACCAUAUACUUUCUCUGUGCAACCGUCGGGGUCUUCAUGAUUGUCCGGAUAUUGGCUAAAUAUAGUCCGGUAUCUGUGAGAAGAACGGCUGUUUGGAGGAAGGCCACGGCAACGGGGCGUUAUCUUGCCUACAAAAGCUUUCGAUUACCCUGCAUCUUCAACUUCCCGUCUCUCGGUGUCCCUCUAUUGAUCAUUGUAGGGGCUAUCUUCUUUUUCGCAAUGACCCUCGGUCCAAAGCCGUACUACUGGCCGAAUACAGAGACUGUUUCUUAUGGUGGCAGUCCUCCCAUUGCAACCCGAGCCGGAUGGAUGGCGCUAGGUCUGCUGCCAUUUGUGCUGGCCCUGGGAGCGAAAGCGAAUCUCAUUUCAGCAUUGACCGGGGUGACCCAUGAAAAGCUUCAGGUUUUUCAUCACUGGACUAGCUACGCCAUGUUCGUCCUUGCCUUGGUACACACGUUCCCAUUUAUUAUCGUUCACAUCCAAAAAGGCGACAUGAUGAAGCAGUGGAGAACGGAAAUAACAUACUGGACGGGGGUGGCUGCUCUGAUCCCACAGGCCUAUUUGACAAUUAUGUCCUUGCCAGCCGUCAGAAAUCGCUUUUACGAGUUCUUCAAGGCCACGCAUCUUCUGGCCGCGUUCCUGUUUAUCCUCUUCUUUUUCUUUCAUUGUGACUUUCGUCUCUCUUCGUGGGACUACUUCAUCGCGACGGUUGCGAUCUACCUCUUGAGUCUCCUGAUAUCAUUCACCAAGACCCAUCUAAUCCACGGCCGUCACCGUGCGACGUUCGAGCUUCUUCCCUGCGGCUUUCUGCGCAUCACUGUCCCGACAGUCACCGUUGUCUGGCGACCCGCGCAGCAUGUCUUCAUCCGCUUUCUCAGUCCUCGACUAGGCCUCCACAGUCUAACCGCGCACCCCUUCACGAUCACCACAACCUCAGCCUCCAAGCAAACACCAAACGGAAACCUCUGUCCCAGCCUGACAUUCUACAUCCAACCCCGCGCGGGCAUCACAGGCCGCCUCGCACAGCUCGCCCGCCGACACCCGGGCUUCUCCAUGCCCGUCCUUCUCGAAGGACCCUACGGCGGGAUAUCCCACGACAACGACCUCGCACGCUUCAACCACGUAAUCCUAGUAACCGGGGGAUCAGGCGGUGGAUUCUCCCUAGGGAUACUGGAGGAGCUCAUCCCGCGCCAGAACCCCCAGAACCACACAGCCAUCAUCAUCUUCGCAACCAGAUCCCCAGCAGUAGCGGAGUGGUACCAAGGCGAGCUCAAUCGGAUCCUGCUGCAGCGAUUCAGCAGUCCUGAAAGUGUGAUAGACGUGCACAUCGAUAUCUAUAUCACUUCUCCCUCUCCCUCUGCCUCUCCCUCACCCAACCCCCCCAAAGAGAUCCCCCAACCGUCUAAUCCAAACACAACCCUCCCAAUAAACCUCCACCCAUCCCACCGACCGGAUCUCCCCCAUCUCCUCAGCACCACAGUCCCCACUACCCAGGGACCCAGCAACGAAGCGCAAAGGAUAGGGAUCUUCACCUGUGGACCCGCAUCCAUGGUGCACGACGUGCGCAAUGCGGCGGCUGAGGCACAGUUCCGUUAUGAGGAGGGUGUGGAGGAGGUGUAUCUGCAUACGGAGAUGUUUUCGUAA